AUGGGAAUGAAAGACCCACUAACAGUUGGGGUCAUGAAACCAGAAGUUGCGGGAUUGGCUAGAAUUGUAGCAAAGGCACCAACAACAGCCAAGGAGGAGAAGAAACUAGAAAAUACUGUUUUUGAAUUAAAACAUGAGUCUUAUGAAGCAGCUUCAAAGAUCAAGAUAAUCAAGGAGGUUAGGAGUUUUACUGAUUUGGGUCUCAAGGAAGCCAAAGACUUGGUGGAGAAGACCCCAUCAGUUUUUAAAAGGGGAGUAUCAAAAGAAGGUGAGCAAAUAAUUGAGAAGAUGAAAGCUCUUGAGGCCUAG